AUGUUCAGAAAUCAAUACGACACCGACGUGACGACGUGGUCGCCGGCGGGGCGGCUGUUCCAAGUGGAGUACGCGAUGGAGGCGGUGAAGCAGGGCUCCGCGGCGAUUGGGCUGAGAUCGAAGACCCACGUGGUGCUCGCCAGCGUCAACAAGGCCAGCUCGGAGCUCUCCUCCUACCAGAAGAAGAUCUUCAAGGUCGACGACCACAUCGGCGUCGCCAUCGCCGGCCUCACGGCGGACGGCCGAGUGCUUUCCAGAUACAUGAGGAAUGAGUGCAUUAAUUAUUCCUAUACCUACGAGUCGCCGCUCCCCGUCGGCCGCCUUGUUGUUCAGCUGGCCGACAAGGCUCAGGUCUGCACACAACGGUCCUGGAAGCGGCCAUACGGGGUGGGCCUCCUGGUGGGCGGCCUAGACGAGUCCGGGGCCCACCUCUACUACAACUGCCCGAGUGGCAACUAUUUCGAAUACCAGGCUUUUGCAAUCGGGUCGAGGUCCCAGGCUGCCAAGACGUACCUCGAGCGCAAGUUCGAGACUUUUACAGGCUCGUCCCGUGAUGACCUUAUCAAAGAUGCUCUCUUCGCGCUGCGCGAGACCUUACAGGGAGAGAAGCUGUCGAGCUCCGUUUGCACGAUUGCAGUGCUUGGGAAGGGCGAGGCGUUUCACGUGCUGGAUCAGGAGACUGUACAAGGGCUCGUCGAUGAGUUUGAGGUGGCUGGAGAGGAGCCGGCGGCAGACGAGGCUGAGGCUGAGGCCGAGGCCAGUGGUGGAGAGGCGGCAGGUGAUCAGGGAACGGGGGCUGCUGCUCCCAUGGAUAUCUGA